UGUGUGUGUGUGUGCAUGCAUGCGUGCGCCGCUCGGUGUGAACGGCGCGUGUCAGUGUGUAUACACGUGUGGCUUCGCAGCUGACGGGAAGGACUCAUGAAGUGCUCUGGACUUGGAUAUCAGAUCCUUCUGCUCAUGCAUAUUUGCCACAUUUCUUCAGCAUCACUCCAAAAAUCCCUCCGUUAGAAGCGUCUCAUUUCCCUCCUCUUGGGGCAGCAUCUCGAUGGAAUCUUCAACCCUUUCUCCAGUAUAUUGGAUUUAAUGAGCAACCACAGUGGAAUGAAGCAGGCAAUUUCAAGAUUCCCUUCGUUAAAGCUCUAGGUGGCUGAUCAACUGAAGCGCUGAUGCUGCGAGGGUAUGUGGAUUAAGGGGAGACGUCGCCCAGCAGCUCACACCUCCAGCCUCCCGACUUGUGCACAGUAAGCAGAUCCAGCGGCUCUUUGGAAUCAGCAGGUCGGCAAUUACUGCCUGUAACCGAUAAGAUGGCAGCCGGGGAAGCGACUGGGCACAGCUACCUGGUGGCUUGCUGGCAGCCCAUUCUGCUCCUGAUGCUGGGCACCGUGCUGUCUGGCUCCACCACAGGCUGUCCUUCCCGCUGUGAGUGCAAUGUUCAGGAGCGUUCUGUGAUGUGCCACCGCAAGAAGCUCAUGACGGUCCCCGAGGGCAUCCCCGCCGAGACCAAACUGCUGGACCUCAGCAAGAACCGCAUCAGAACCAUCAACCCGGAUGAGUUUGCCAACUUUCCCAACCUUGAGCAUCUGGAUCUCAGUGAAAACACGAUCUCCACCAUUGAACCUGGAGCGUUUAACAACCUCUACGGCUUGCGGACAAUGGGUUUGCGUAGCAACAAGCUCAAGCUGAUCCAGCUCGGGGUCUUCACGGGCCUGAGCAAUCUCACGCAGCUGGACAUAAGUGAGAACAAGAUUGUCAUCCUGUUGGACUACAUGUUCCAGGAUUUGUAUAAUCUGCGGUCUUUGGAGGUGGGCGACAAUGACCUGGUCUUCAUCUCCCACCGGGCUUUUCACGGCCUAAGUAGCCUUGAGCACCUGAGCUUGGAGAAGUGCAACUUGUCCUCUGUGCCAACAGAGGCCUUAACCCACCUCCACAGUUUGAUCACGCUCAGGCUCCGCCAUCUCAACAUCAACGUCAUUCGGGAUUACUCUUUUAAACGGCUCAGUCGUCUGAAAGUCUUGGAAAUAGCCAAUUGGCCAUAUUUGGAUACUAUGACCCCAAAUUGCUUGUAUGGAUUAAACCUCACCUCCUUAACCAUUGCGAAUGCCAACCUGACCACCAUCCCGUAUGUAGCCCUGCGACACUUGGUUUACCUUCGCUUUCUUAACCUUUCCUACAAUCCGAUUCAUACAAUUGAAGGGAAUAAGCUCCACGAUCUACUGCGCCUGCAGGAGUUCCACCUAGUCGGAGGCAGACUGGCAAUGAUCGAGCCGCACUCUUUUCGUGGUCUGAACUACCUGAAAAUAUUAAACGUGUCCGGAAACUCUCUCAGCACUUUAGAGGAGUCCGCUUUCCAUUCCGUCGGCAACCUGGAAACUCUGGCCCUGUAUGAUAACCCCCUGGCCUGCGACUGUCGACUCCUGUGGGUUUUCCGCCGGCGCUGGAGACUGAACUUCAACAGGCAGCAGCCCACUUGUGCCUCCCCUGAGUUUGUCAAGGAAAAAGAGUUCAAGGACUUCCCGGAUGUUCUGCAGCCAAACUACUUCACGUGUCGCAAGUCCCGGAUUAGGGAUCGCAAACCCCAGCAGAAGUUUGUCGACGAAGGGGCCAUUGUUCAUUUUGCCUGCCAGGCAGACGGAGAUCCUGCUCCAGUGAUCAUGUGGCUGUCCCCACAGAAAAAGUUCAUCACCACGAAGACGAUCGGAAGGCUUUCUGUGUUACCCGACGGCACCCUCGAGGUGCGCUACGCCCAGAUUCAAGACAACGGCACGUACGUGUGCAUAGCGAGCAAUGCGGGUGGAAACGACACAUCUCUGGCUCACCUCCACAUUCACAGCUACUCACCUGACUGGCCACACCAGCCCAACAAGACCUUUGCCUUCAUUUCCAACCAGCCAGCAGAAACUGGUGCUAACGAUACAAGAGCCAAUGUCCCCUUCCCGUUUGAUAUAAAGACCCUGAUCAUUGCGACCACAAUGGGCUUCAUCUCGUUCCUUGGUGUGGUCCUGUUCUUGGUACUGCUGUUCCUUUGGAGCAGAGGCAAAGGCAACACCAAGCACAACAUUGAGAUUGAGUAUGUGCCACGGAAAUCGGACGCUGGCAUGAGCAGCAGCACGGUGGACGCCCCGCGCAAGUUCAACAUGAAAAUGAUUUAACAGAGCUGUGGAAUUUAUUCAUUUUGGACCAUAAAAACAAGACAAAUGGUAAAGAAGACAUUUUCUUUCCCCUCAUACAAACCUGUGGAUCCUGGUCUGUUAACAUAGAGUAAUAUGUUUUUCUUUUUCUUUUUUUUUUUUGUUUGUUUUGUUUUUGGGCUGACCGACAGACUCAAACAGGAGGGCAGUUCCUGACUUUCAAAUCCGAGAGGGAGUGUGAAACCACAGCCAGUGUCUCAGGGCACUGGCGGUUCCCACACGGCCUGCGGAGGCAUUCGGUGAAAGCUACGUUUGUCAUGAGCAGUUCGUAUUCCUAUGGAUUUCUAGUGGGGG